AUGGCUGAGCAAGUCCAAGAAACAUCGCCACAAGUGGUGAACAAGAACAAGAGAUUGGGAGAGACGGACGUCCAAGAUUGCAGUCUAUGGCAUCACCUGAUCUUCCGCCAAGAGCUGGAAAUCGAUGACCAGAAAGAUGCUCUUUGCUGGCUGUGCAACGAGUCAGCAUCGGGAAGUCCCGCCUACAAAUGCUUGAAAUGCAACUUCCACCAACAUAAAUCAUGCAUUGACAGACCACACGGCGUAGAUCUUGAAAUAGAACAUAAAUAUUGGUGGAAACGACAUCACUUGAUGCUCAUAGCCAUAGACAUCACUAUUAACGUUGUUUGCUCGGGAUGCAAGGAACCAGUAUUUGGUCCCGCCUAUAAAUGCUCCAUACCCGAAUGCGCCUUCCUUCUCCACGAAUCGUGCGGCGAACUAUCGAACACGAUCCAGCACCCUAUCCACCCAGACCACACCCUUUUUCUCCAAGAGCCAUCAGCGGGUGAUGAUUGUUCUGUUUGCCACAAAAAUUGCAGUGGGUCCUUCUUUUACUGUUGCCGCCUCUGUUCUUUCAACCUCGACGUCGUAUGUGCUUCACGCUGGAGAAGCAACGCCGACGAUUGCCUCAAACACGCACUUGUCCCAUUGCGGAAGGGGACACAGUUCACUUGCGAAUCUUGUGGCGAGAAAGCCAUGGAUGGCGGCUACAUGUGUAGCGAAUGUCGAGUCUUGAUUCAUGGUAAGUGUGAUCUAUUUCCACACAACAUCAACACUAAGACACAUGAUCACUCUCUCGUUCGCACCUAUUCUCUAAAUUGUCAAGUCAAGAAACAAGACAACGUGUUCUGUAAAGUCUGUUACAAAACGGUGAAAACAGAGUAUGCAGCUUAUUUUUGUCGGGAAUAUGGUUAUGUUGCCCACUUGGAAUGUGCGAAAGAGCAGCAAUUCCGUUGA